GCCUCUCGCUCUCCCGCCCGACCACGGAGCGGCCUCGCGGCGAGGGUCCACGCCAGAGGGUCACGCACUUCCCAGGCAAACGUGGUAGCGGCCCCCGCUGGACCAGGACAGAUCCCGGAGUGGUGUCUACGCAGAGGGACUUUGUCCCUUCCUCAGAGGCCAGGCAGCUGCCAAACUCCAGCGACUUUGGUCCCGCAAGCCAGGGAAGAGGAAUGAAGAGGACAAAACAGUAAAGAGCCCAUUUAGAGUCAUCUAGCGACGUGUUUUAGACUUCUUACAGAAAGACUUCAUGCGCAAACACAGCUCUCUGAACCUCCAUGGUGUAGUGUCUCUCCUCCCCCAGUAAGCUGAUUGGCCCAAGACAAGCCUAGACCCUCUGAGAAAUCUGUUUCUUCUGAUUUUCCUACCGGAAGCAGUGAUUCCUACUCUACAGGUGAUUCUCAAGCGAUCUGAAGACCCACCUGGUGCACUGGAAGAAGCUGAGCCAGGCCGGGCCAUCAUGACCCACCUACUGGCCUCCGAAGUACAGCAGCUGCUCCACAACAAGUUUGUGGUCGUCCUGGGGGACUCUGUGCAGAGGUCUGUGUACAAGGACCUGGUGCUCUUACUGCAGAAAGACUGCCUGCUUACACCUGGGCAGCUCAGGACCAAGGGGGAGAUGAGCUUCGAGCAGGACAUACUGGUGAACGGAGGCCAGAAGGGCACCAUGCACAAUGGCACCCAUUACCGUGAGGUGCGCCAGUUUUGCUCAGACCACCACCUGGUGCGCUUCUACUUCCUCACCCGUGUCUACUCCAGGUACCUGGAGGCCAUACUGAAGGAGCUGCAGGCUGGUGAGCAUGCCCCCGACGUGGUCAUCAUGAACUCCUGCCUCUGGGACAUCUCCAGGUAUGGCCAGUACUCUUGGAAGAAGUACUUGCACAAUCUGGAGACCCUCUUUGAGCGUCUGGGCCAAGUGCUGCCCGAAUCUUGCCUCUUGGUGUGGAACACAGCCAUGCCUGUGGGCAACACAAUCACUGCGAGCUUCCUCCCUCACAACUGCUGGUCCUGGAAGGUCCCCCUAAAAUACUUCGUCAUUGAAGCCAACUUUUACAGCUCUACCAAAGCUGCCAACCAUGGCUUCGAUGUGCUAGAUUUGCAUUUCCACUUCCGUCGCGCCAUGGGGGGCCUGCAGACAGAUGGGGUUCACUGGAAUCAGUACACCCACCGCCAGCUAUCCUACCUACUCCUGGCCCACGUGGCCGAUGCCUGGGGUGUGGAGCUGCCCCUGAAGGCCCCACUAAACAUGCUGAACCAAGGUAGCCUUGCCUGGGAACAGCCCAGCCGUGGUAUCAAGCGGCGGCACCCUCCCUACCAAGAUCCAAGGGCCUUAGCUCUGUCACCACCUUGGCCCCAGCCCCUACUCUGGUCCCCACCCUUAGGCUUGUCCCCACUCAUGCCCCACCCACCUCCUCUCAUUCCCUCUUACCAAGGAACACCUGAGUUCCCACUCCAUCCCCAAGAUCACUGUUUUUCCUCAGACCAUCUUUUCCAAUCAGAUCAGUUCUCUUUCCAUUCAGACAUCCCCUCAUCUACCCAGCCAGGACUUGCCUCCCAAAUGGACUUUAUGUUUGACCCCCAGCCACCUAUGGCCAUCUUCCCCUCACCCUAUUACCAGCAGCGGGACCCUGUGGUUUACAAAGGUUUCCCCAAGUAUCUUGUUGAGGGCCCCUAUAUGCCCUGGAGACCACAACACCCCUAUAGCCCCCAGAGAGGGCGACCCAGACAAUCAAUGAGACAGGGCCGAGUCAAGGCCACAGUGUACUAACCUCAUCCUUUUCUUCAUGGCCGCCACUGUGAGGUCUUUCUGGCUGUUUCCUUUGGCAUGGCCUGCACACACUGACCCAACCAACUUAAGCCCUUAGAGCUCAUGCGUGGACUCCUUGCUCAUUGCUAUUACCAGUAAAGGCCAGACAGGUCAGUCUGACCCAUUCUUUUUUUUUUAAAGUUGAGUUUAUUGUUACAUUUUAGGUAUACAGUACAGUUAUAUUCAUUA